GCCGGAGUGAACUACCAACUCAUGAGAAAAAUAUCAUUAAAAGUAAAUACGAACACAGAUACGAACACGAAGAAAAUUACGAAGAUGAAAACGAAUAGGAAUACGAAGACCAAAAGGAAAACCGAGACCAAUAUGAAGGCGAAAGCGAUUACGAAGUCUGGUAUCCCUCUUAAUGGUAAACAUGCAGUCCGGCAACAUUAAAAUCCAGCUGACUCAGGGUUGUUAUCUCGCGAUCAGCUGUUCCACAAAAAUAAACAAUUGGAAAUUGGAGACAAAACAUUGGAGAGAUGCACAAAGUCAAAAGGAACGCAUGGAAGACUGGACAAAAAUCGCUGAAUAUUUGCCAAAAUAUGAAGAAAUUAAAAACAUUUUACAAAGUGAACCAGAAGCGGAUUACAUAAUCCGGGAGGCAGCAGCAGAUGUUGGAAAAACAAAUGAAGAACGCGAGUUUAACGAUGAAAUAUUCUACCUUGUUUCCAGCUUAGCCGACAAAUUUUGGGAACGCAUACACACAGGUCACUUCAGUGCAGUGCCAAUAGAAGUGCGAAAAAUUUAUGCGCUGGCUUGUUAUUAUAAAAUAUACUAUCUGUUUUGUGAAAGUUUAUCGAAAACGCAGUUAUUGCGUUGCUCCGAGAUACUCGAUGAAGCCAUACUUAUUGGAUGCACACAAUCAUUAUAUAAAGGCAGUGACCAAUUUCAAACCCAACUGACUAGCUAUAUUAGCAAAGUUUCAGAGGACAAUGCAGAGAGGUAUCUGCCAAUCAUAGCUGAGCUUGAGCGUCAACAAUAUAAAUGUGAUAUACCCGUCUUGGAUUGUCCCUCAGUUGAGAACUUUCACAAAAUAUGUUUCAAUUCCGAGCAACCAGCGCUGCUGCUCAACACAAUUGCACAUUGGCCUGCUAUGCAUAAAUGGCGGGAUCUUAACUAUCUACAUAAACUAGCCGGUAAUCGAACAGUACCAAUUGAAAUCGGUGCCAACUACACGACAGAUGAAUGGUCACAGCAGCUAGUCAAAAUACGCGAUUUCCUGCGCAGACAAUUCGUGCAAAGCAACACACAAAUUGAAUAUUUGGCACAACAUGAACUGUUCGAUCAAAUACCGGCACUUAAAACCGACAUACGCAUACCCGACUACUGUAUUUUGCACUCCAGCGGUAAUAGCUCCGAUCCUGAAAAGGUUUCAAUUAAAGCUUGGUUGGGACCUAAAAAUACCAUAUCACCACUACAUUAUGAUCCCGAACACAAUUUGCUCUGUCAAGUGUUUGGCCGAAAGCAGGUCAUAUUAGCAGCACCGACUGAUACUGCAAAGUUGUAUCCUCAUGAUUCCGAAAUGCUUUGUAAUACCUCAAAAUUGGAUGCAACUCGGUUGGACUUAGAGCGAUUUCCGUUAGCAGCAGAGGUUGCGUUUUAUAAUGUAACUUUACAGGUAGGCGAUUGCCUUUACAUACCACCAAAGUGGUGGCAUUAUGUACGUGCCGAGAGUGAAAGUUUCUCUGUAAGCUUUUGGUGGUCAUAAUUUUGUAUAAAUAUGUUAAAUUAGAAUGUGAUUAAACAACAAAUGCUGAAUAAGUUCAAUAUUUUGAAUAUCAAUGUUGAGAAGUCAUAUAAUGACUUUGUCUGUGCAAUGAUAACGGUAUAUGAUCGUUAUCACAUAACCUAGUGCGCUUAAAUUAAUUUUUUAAUUGUGACUCGGCGCAUUGGUAGCCCUUGGACAGCGCAAAUAUAGAGAUAAUGAAUUCUAAGCUGAAAACAACGUAAAAUUUUAUUUAUAAACAGGUUUUUACUUGAAUACAUUCUGCUAGACAAGUAUUCGUUCAUAUGCAUGCAAACAAUGGCUGAUGUGUACUAAAAUAGAAAACAAAAGAAAUCAAUGAGUCAUCGUCCAAAUCAUCUCAGCUGGUUUCAAAGGUACAAGUACAAGUCAUAAUAAAUAUAUAGCAAAAUGGGGGUUUAUGAUUCUUCCACGUUUGAUUAUACAAUAAUUAUGAUAGCGUAGUAAAGUUGAUCCCAAUUAUAAGCAAUGGGUUUUCUGAGGCAGAAAAUAACUCCAAAAUUUAUUUAUAAUUCACAAUUU